CACUAUCCCCCAUCGCAAAAGGCUCAAGCAGCACCACCCCAACCCGCAGCAUGACCAAUCAACUUUCGUCCACGUGGCAGCCACCAGCUCUUGGAUCCUCAACUUCACAUACACGCUUCUCCAGCUCGACGGCAACUCUUCGCAUUCUUCUCUUUGCGCGCGCAACUGAGCCAAACAAGAUUUUUUUUCCCCUUUUGUUUUCCCUGUUAGCUUAGCUGACGAAAACGAACCGCACUAGGAAUUAAAUUCGGUUUUCCAGUUACGGCUAAUCCAAUUAUGGAUGGGAAUAUUGCUUUCUGUUCAAAUUCCGAAUUAAGGCUUUAUUAGAUGUCUCGUUCCUCGCCCACAACUUCAUUGCCUAAUUGUAAUUGCACAUUACUUCUGGUAUCGGAUACUUCUUCUUCUUCUUCUUCUUAUCAUCAUCUAGCAAUCCCGAUAUGCCUAUAUAAUUCCACGAUGAGAAUUCCUAAGAGGCCCGUUUCCUUCUGCGUUUCUCUCUUUUCUCUGGGGCUUGCCCCUUCUUACUCCUCCCGAAUUAAAUUUAAUUCGGAAUUCCAGGGGAAGCCGAAUCGAUUUGUCUCCAAAACAAGAGGAAUUCACACCGGAGGAAUUAAUCAGUUGCAUGUCAGCUAUACUAUGGACGAGAGUUACAAGACGGUUUUAGGUGACAAGACAUCUGAGGUUCAGCAUAUGGGUGGCAGCGAUGGUGUUCAAGAACCAUGUAUAUGGUCAUCUCCUGAAGGAGGGCGGAAAAUUGAAAUUGGAAAGCAGAUCUUUUGCAACAGAUCACUGAAUAUGAGGAAUAUUUUAGCUGUAGGCUUUGAUAUGGAUUACACAUUUGCACAGUACAAACCUGAAACUUUUGAGUCCCUUGCAUAUGAAUGCACAAUCAGAAAGUUGGUGUAUGAUCUGGGUUAUCCUCAAGAGUUGAUAGGGUGGUCAUUUGAUUGGAAAUACAUGGUCAGAGGCUUGGUUCUUGAUAAAAAGAGAGGCAAUAUUUUGAAGAUGGAUCGCCAUAAAUAUGUGAAAGUGGCCUACCAUGGAUUUCGAGAGAUGUCUAAGGAAGAAAAAGUCAGUACCUAUGGCAGUACUCUGAUACGAGAUUCUUUUGAUGAGCCUGAUUAUGCACUCAUUGAUACUCUUUUUUCAUUAGCUGAGGCCUACUUGUUUGCCCAGCUUGUUGACUUUAAGGACAACAAUCCAGGAAAAAUUCCAGAGAGAGCUGAUUAUUCUCGAAUGUACAAAGAUGUUCGAGCUGCAGUUGAUUUGUGCCAUCGCGAUGGAACUUUAAAGCAAAUGGUUGCAAAAGAUCCAAAAAGGUAUAUCAAUGAGGAUGCAUCUAUAGUUCCUAUGCUCAAAAUGCUUCGAGAUUCCAGUCGUUCGACAUUCUUGGUGACAAAUAGUUUAUGGGACUAUACAAACGUUGUGAUGAAUUUUUUGUGUGGAUCCCGUGUCUUGGUUGGUGUCUUGGAUGGCAGUGGCACUUGCAACUUUGAUUGGCUGAAGUACUUUGAUGUUGUCAUCACUGGCAGUGCAAAACCAGGCUUCUUCCAUGAAGACAAUCGUGCUAAUCUUUUUGAGGUUGAACCUGAGUCUGGAAUGCUACUCAAUACUGAUAAUGGCACUCCAAUGCCUCAGGUUGUACAUCUUUGCUAUUCUCAUAUUGCUACUUGUAUGCUUCUGCUGAUUCAAUUUUCAUUUCUGAAAAAGGUGGGAAAUAGUUCACCAAGGAUAGUAUUGAAGGAAUCAAAUGCGCCUUGUCGAGUUUUCCAGGGAGGCAGUGUUGGUCAUCUUCAUAAACUGCUCUCAAUCGAGUCAAGUUCACAGGUUCUUUAUGUGGGAGAUCAUAUUUAUGGAGAUAUUUUACGCAGCAAAAAGGUUCUUGGUUGGAGAACAAUGCUUGUUGUUCCAGAGCUUGAGAGGGAGGUUGAACUGCUUUGGGGCUUAAGGGACUUACGAAAGCAACUUAGAUUGAUGAGGAAUGAACGUGAUCAAAUUGAGGACCAAAUACAUCAUCUGAAGUGGUUUCUCAAAUUUGAAGAUGUUAAUGCUGAUCAGAAGCAGAAGAUAUCUGAUGCAAUAGAGAAAUUGGAGUCUCAAAGGGAUCAAGUGAGAAUAAGUCACCAACAGGCUCAACGAGAAUGUCACCAAAAGUUUCACAAGAUCUGGGGACAACUAAUGAAGACUGGUUAUCAAAAUUCUCGGUUUGCACAUCAGGUUGAGAGAUUUGCCUGCCUUUAUACUAGCCAAGUAUCCAACUUAAGCCUGUAUUCCCCGGACAAAUACUACAGACCAAGUGAAGACUUCAUGCCUCAUGAAUUUGAUAUUCUGCCCCUUUGAGACCUGUUUGGUAGCUGACUCGCUUUUUGAGGGAGCUUAAUCCAUUUUAUGGCAGUGGAAAGGAUAACAAAAUUGCACCACCAGAGGGUUUUCUUUUGAUCUUUUCCCGUCUCUCUUCCCAUUUUUUGGAUAAAAUUUACUCCCCUGUAAUUAAAUCACGCGUUAAUAUCUGUUUUGAUGAUAUAUUUUCUUGUAGUUGAAUACGAAUGUUGAACAUUUUAGCUUGUGCUUAUAAAAGAUGCUCAAUGUAAUGAUGAUUA